UUCUCACUGGCUUCCUCUCUACUGGUGUGAACUCAGGAUUCCGCAUUAGGUCCUGGAAAGCUGCGCAGCUCUUUACCACAGCUCUUGUUGUGAUCCGUUUUUUUUUCUUUUCCACAUUUUCUAAUGAAUUUGCCCUCAACGCAGUCACAUUUGAAUGACGUGAUUACUCGAGCGAACAAAACCAAUGAGAUCAAUUAAUUUCUCUGAUCGUAGAUACUAAAAGCCACUUCCUGUGGAGUCACGAACACACUUGCGAGAAAGAAAUGGAGAACUGAUUUGCAUCAAGCAGCACUCCAUUACUCCUCCUCACUGGAUCAAACUGGCAGCGAUGCAGCUUGGUCAUCUAGUCACCAGCAGCACUUCUCUGCAAAUCCCACCCCAACCUCAGAGUCUGAUAUUCAGGAGCCGACACCCAUUCCUGCUGGACUCCAUCCAGCCUGUGUUGGUCAGGACAAUCAUCAAUCCGAAACGGGGGAUGGAGGAACCUCUCCAGCCGCAGACUCCACAAAGCUCCAGUAACUGCAGCUCAUCGGGACCUGGUGGGAAAUCCUGCUGGAGUUUAGACAUGAGGGUGGCUAUUCUUCUGCUUACUCUGGCAGGAGCAGUAAUCCUCCUGCUGCUGUACAGACUGUUGCAGCUAAGACACAGGCUGAGGAUGGCCAGAGCGAGGCAUGCUUUGGAGUACACCAGCUUCUACCACAGUGGCACCUACACACUCAAACACCCCACACCUUGUCAGGAGCUGCCAGAGAAGAACGGGGCAGUACCUGAAGACACUGCACCACUCCAAACCAUAACCUCAGUGACACCUGCUGUCCUCACCCCAGUGCCACCUCCAUCGCCGCCCUCACCGGCACCCCCUCCACUGCCACUCCCCCCACCUCCUGUCCUUCCACGUCCACCUCUUCACCCUCCAGUUUCUCUCCCUCCGACACCCCCUGUCCUGUCUCUCCCUCUUCCCGUGCCUGUCAUCCACACCACCCCGCCCAGCCCUCACCUAUCAUGGGGUGCCUGCUCAGAUGCAGAUGUUUAUUCUCGGAUUGGGACUUUCAGGCCAUCCAGGCUUUCCAACCUCUCCAACCAGUCGACGGUCAUCCUGUUUGAACACUCGUCUCUUUGAACUCUCACAGAAUGUGUGUGAUCUCCUCAAGGAGUCUGUGACUGUGACAGGGAUUACAAGAUGUUUCCUGUACUCCAUGUUUAUGUGUGUAAGAUACAGAAAAACACAAGAAGUUAACGUUUCAAAACUUUAAAACAUGAAGUUUGCACUUUGUCAGCCACUGGCUUUAUUGACAAAAAAAAGGACCAGUGCAAUAAAAUUGCAAUUUAAAUAAAAAGAACCUCUAUUUUAACCAUGUUUUUUUUUUUUUUUUUUUUUUUUUUUUAAACUGGACUGUGAGGUCAGGAGGACAGAUGAAGUCCUCCACUUGUCCAAGAAGCAGGCCUAAAAAAAACUAGCAAUAGCAGAUGAACAGUAUGUAAAACAGGGCUUAUGAAUACAUUGACCUUUUGGUGGAGGAUUUCAAGAGCGAGGUACAACAGUGAACAUCUACAGUGGUGUCGGGGAGCGUGUUUUGGUCUUAUAGACUGUAUUUCUAAGACUUUCACACAGCACUGUAUGGUAGCUUUACUUUGCUUACAUUAGACCUCAACGCAUUUUGACAACUGUAGUGGCAUUUUGCUUUGCUUUCCGCCUCAUUUAAUUCUCAUUAUGCCACACAUGUACACUGCAUAUAAUCUUUUAAACCACCUGUCAUAGAUACAAGAAAAUAUAUUAGAAAUAUUUUAGAAUUCUGUCAAAAACAUGUUUGAAACAAAAAAUUGCAUUGUUAUUUAUUAGGCAAAUAGCAAGCUGAAUUUGCAUUUUAUACCCAGAUUACACGCUUGAUUUUUCUGAGAAGAAAUAAAUCAACUAUAAUAUUCAACAACUAAAGCAAAAUUUUCUGUUCAGGACAUAUCCCUGUAAAUUUGUAUCCAAAAAAAAAAAAACAUAACAAUGUGCUUUAUUGUUUUUGUAAAACAGUCAUUUGAAAGCUCAUGGAUAAUAAUGAUUGUAUUUUGGAGUUUAAAGUAGUUUGAUCAAAGACCUUGCACAUCCUGGUGGAUUAACCAUUACAGAAACAUAAAAAUAAUAAUAAUUUACCUAUGCUGUUAAGUUAGGGCAGAUAUGGCAUAACCCAUGGUGGCCUCAUAAGUUUGUUAAGCAAUGUAUAACAAGUUCAUCACCAGGUAGUUAGUAACACAUUUUGAGACAUGAGAAAAUACACACCUUGUUAUUUAUUGUCUUAAAAUAUUGUAAUGUAAAAAAUAAUGAUAAUAAUGAGAUUUUUAAAUAUUAAAAAAAUAACCAUGAUCCCUUGUCUCUUUAGCUAUCUAGUGAUCACCUAAUGAUUAACUCACUAUUACUUUCUGGCUCUUUCUGUGGCUCCUUAAUGAGCACCAUAACUUACAAAAUGAUCAUUUUGUUUUCUUUAAAACUCGACGGCAGCGUUCAGGAAAAUAUUCACUAUCGUCAUAAAUCAAGAGACGUGUAGGCUCACUUUCUCAUAUACUCCUGCACAUUCUGAUGUUUAAUGGCCUCCAGAGUUAGAAAUAUGGGAUUAAUGUCAGUGCCAUCCUUCCAGCCCUCUCACCUGGAUGCUGUUGGUCUCUAAAAUGAGACUGUUAUCUCUUAGUGGCCAAUACUGCUGCACCCUUCCAUGAAAAAUGGGUAUUCCAGUAAACAGUGCAUGAAUCAUCAAAUUUUAAGAGCAACUAAUGAUAGAAGUCAUGUAUAUGUAUAACCAUGUAUAAUUUCUGCUGCAUGAAGUAGUUCUGAAGUUUGAAGGAUUCUUAAAGUGGAUAUGCAACAUUUCAAAAUGAAAAACUCUGAUUAAUAUUCAACACAUCCAGAACACAGACACAUUCAUAUUCAUCCUUUCCUGACAUUUCCUCAUUUUAUUUAAUUGCCUCUGCUGUAUAUUGUUACAAAUGUCUUUCCUCCUCAGCUUACAACCACUUACGAGACAUUGCAGAAGCGCAUACACAGAUUGAAUUAACUGGCUUUUAGAAUGGAGACCGUGACCCCACGAGCAGACUUGGAUGCAGAAAUGACUAAAGAUACAUCUCACGCAAGGUCUCGGUUUUCACCCCAGCAGGCAGAGAGCAACAAACAACCAUCAACUAAAACAGCUUCCCUUUACAAACUAAUGUUGAAUUAUAAAUGAGAGGUUGGUUGGGAAAAACAUAUUGAAAUAUUGAAGAAAAAUUCAUCUUGUUAAUGUGGCCACUAAGAUUACCAUAGAAACAAGAUGUUAAUGUCAGAUGUUACCCUUGUGCCAAUGGGGCUUUUUAAUCUGUGGUAAGUUUAUCCACCGGGGAAGAGCAAUAAUUAAAUUAGUUAAGAGUUGAGUGAUUGCAUUGUUGUACAUACGAUUUAAUAAUCACAUUUGAUUUUUGUACAGUUAAAAGUUUAUAAUACUAAAUGAAGGAAAAGCCUAUGAUACAGUAAGCAAGAGAGAGAGAGAGAGAGAGAGGGGGGGGGAAAUGCAUGAAUGCAAAGAAUAGUGUGAAACAGGGAGGGACGCUGCCAUGAAAACCCAGCUCAGGAAAUACCUCCCAACUGAGGAAACAAUGAGCUCUGCUACUGCAACAACUCAGUAAAAAUGGUUAAGAUAAACAGGUUAGGAGUGCUAUGUUUCCAA